AUGGGGAUAUCAGACCAAGACAAGAAUGGCGGUUCUGUUCUGAAUCUUGAGAUUCAGAAGCUUAUGAACCAGUUGAACAGACCAGCUGUUAAGUCUAUCAAGUUUGCCACAGUUUAUGCGACGGGAGAUAAGUAUUAUGGAGGCAAGGCAUCCAUGAACAUUUGGGAACCCACAGUUGAAAAGCAUAACGAAUUUAGUAACUCUCAACUGGGGAUACAAAAUGGUAAUACUAGCAAAGGUUACGAUAGCAUUCAAGCUGGCUGGCAGGUGAAUCCACAGCUAUAUGGAGAUAAUAACACCAGACUUUUUACAUUUUGGACAGCAGACUCAGGUCAAAGUACGGGAUGUUUUGAUAUGCUUUGCUCUGGCUUUGUUCAUCUUAACAAUGGAGUAGCUGUGGAAGCCUCCAUCCAACCGUUGUCUGUCUAUGGCGACCUUAAAUCCCAAUUUGAUAUAGCCAUCCUUAUUUGGAAGGAUCCAAUCAAUGGAGAUUGGUGGAUGCAAUAUGGGAGAGAUACAGUGGUGGGCUAUUGGCCGUCGUCUUUGUUUGGACGCCUCUCUGAUGGGGCAACAACGAUACUGUGGGGAGGUGAAGUGUUAAACUUAGCAUCUGAAGAUGGGAAACACAGCAUAACACAAAUGGGAAGUGGACACUUUGCUGGGGAAGCUCAAGGGAGAGCAAGUUAUUUCAGGAACAUUGCAAUUGUGAAUGGCAAAAACCAAUAUGCGCCUCCUCCUAAUGGUGUUGCCACUUACUCUGACCAUGUCAACUGCUACAAUGUGAAAAUGGCAUCUUCUGAUGAUGAACUCGGAGCCUACUUCUAUUUUGGUGGUCCAGGAAGAAAUCCUGAUUGCCCUUGA